AUGCUUGCUUAUGGGGCAUCUGCAGAGCAGGUGGAUGAGAUUGCAAGGAUGGGAAAAUCAACUAUCCUAGAGUGCUUGGUGAGAUUCUGUGAUGCAGUGAAAAAUUUGUACACGAGGGAGUACCUUCGCAAACCCACGCCGAGGGACCUGCAAAGGCUGCUACAAAAAGCAGAGGCUCGAGGUUUCCCAGGCAUGAUUGGAAGCAUUGAUUGCAUGCACUGGCAGUGGAAGAAUUGUCCUACUGCUUGGCAAGGAUCUCAGAAUGACCUCAAUGUCCUUGGUCAAUCCCCGGUGUUCGACGAGGUAUUGCGAGGUCAUUCCCCCCAGGUCACAUACCAAAUCAACAAUACCGUAUACUCUGGUGCGUACUACCUUGCCGACGGAAUUUAUCCUAGGUGGACGACAUUCGUGAAAACAAUUCCGAAUCCCCAAUCCGAGAAGGAAAGAAGCUUUGCUUCCUUUCAAGAAGGUUACAGAAAAGACGUGGAAAGGUGUUUCGGUAUCUUGCAAGCUCGUUGGGCAAUUAUCAGGGGUGCUGCUCGGAUGCUAGAUGAGGAGGUGCUGAGGAGUAUUAUGAUGACUUGCAUCAUCCUCCACAACAUGAUUGUGGAG